AUGGCCGACGACGACCCAGCCCCGCCAGCUGCGCUCGAAGAGGAGGCCCUCACCGACGGCCCGGAGAGUGCCGACACCGGUCAGCCCAGCGAGGAUGAUCAGACCGACGAUGAAGCUCAGAGCAACGAUGAUGAGUCCGACGAGGACGGCUCAUACAUCGCUCACGAGGACGACCAAUACGACGAAUGGGAGCCCUAUCCACCGGUCGUCUCUGACGAUGAGGCCCGCAAAGACGGCUUCAAGGUGAACCGGCCGGGGUUCGACCUCCCAGUCCUGACGCACCUCUUCGAUGACGACCACUUCAAGCUCCCCGCGCCGACAAUCGGCUGGAGUAGCAACACGCCGACACUGCGCGAGCGGACGAUGCUGUGGUACAUGAACAAGAUCACGGACGAGCCGGGGUGGGAGGUGCGGGUGCUCGACGACGCCUUGGUCGAGCAGUGGCGCGCCGAAGUGAGGACACUGCCGGCUUCUGACAAUGGCCCACCGUUCACGAUAGGCUUCACCGACCGCAUGUUUGACUGGUGUAUUCGCGAGCUGCGGGACAAGGCCGUGCUGUUCAAGAAGACCGGUUAUGUUGGCGUCCUCGAUUGCGCUGCGGCUGUGUGCAAGAUGGACGACGACGACGAGCUGCGCCAUGAAGUGAAGAGCGCCAUCGCAAAGCUUGAGGACGACGAGUUCAAGGACUGGCGCGAAGGCACCAACGGCCAGGUGCUCGACCUCGUCGACCCCAACCUCUGGUCGCUGUGCUUUGGCCGCACGCGGGUGCUCCCUGACCGGGAGAUUGGCAUCUCCGAUUGUCUCGACAACUUUGGCAGUGGGGAGGUAGCCCCAGUUCCCAAACACCACCAGGUGUCGUACACGGACUAUGUGUGCUACGCCGAUCAGUGGCUUCCUGCAGAGGUAACGAUCGAUGGGGAGGGCAAAGCGACAUUCACGAGCUACAUCAACAACCUGCACCCUGUCGACCAUGCCGAUGCGUACCGCGCCCUCGAACACGUUCUGGACCGCGCCUCGCCUAUGCUGGGUGAAGUGUACGACCGGCAUGUAAAGUGGCACAUCCAUGUUCAUGGGGAGGAAGACGAUGAGGACGAUGAGGACGACGAGGACGGUGGGGAUGACGAUGGGGACGGCGAUGGGGGUAGUGGCGACGGUGAGGGAGACGGUGCUGCCGACACAGUCGACGACGACGCUCGCCAGAACCCGGCAGCAUGGUCCCGUAUCGUCUACGCUCAAGACGACUUCACGUGCGAAGCCCCCGACAUCUGUGGUAAUCGUGGAGAGUGCUCAGUGUACGACACGAACGACACGUACGACGACAACCGCCUCGCCUGGUACAAGAAAACGCACCCCACGACCCAGCCCGAACCACGGGAGGAGUACAAGUUUGUUGGAGCGGGCGACGGGCGGCCGGACGCAUUCCACGACGAGCACAUGCAGGUCGUCGUCAAGGUGUCCAACAUCUACCUCACGCCCGAGAACCCGUCGUACGCGGGCGAGGAGUGGCAGAUUGACGGCACGCUCAACGAGAUGGUAUACGCCACCGCAGUGUACUACUACGACGACGAGAACAUUGCCGACGACUCGCACCUCGAGUUCAGGACCACGGUCGACAAGGAGAUGUACGGCCACAAUGACGGCGGCUACACGUCCAAGAAUGACCUGUACUACAACUUUGAAGAGGUGUACGGUAUUGCCGAUGCGUCCGCUUCCGACGAGCCCAAGGUGUUCGAGAUGGGCAGUGUCGCGACGCGCGAGGGAAGGAUCAUAGUGUACCCCAACGUGAUGGUACACCGCGCCUCGCCGAUCAAGCUCGCGGACCCCACCAAGCCGGGCCACCGGAAGACGGUAACCUUCUAUGUGCUCGACCUGAACCGGCCCGUGGUCUCGACGGCCAAUGUGCCCCCGCAGCAGCUCCACUGGUGGCUCCCGCGCCCGGCGCUCGACGGCCGCCUGCCGCCCGAACUGGCAGGCAUGGUGCGCGACGAGGUGGGGUGCCCGUACGACCGGGACCAGGCGACGGCGCUGCGGCGCGAGUUUGCUGCAAGGCGGGCCGAGCUGUCCGCCGAGCUGGGGGUCAACAAGAGCGGCGAGUCGUGGGAUUACUUGCGCGUGUAG